CCGUUCAACUCCCCGGAUGAGUGAAAGCUGAAGGCCUGGACGACCGCGCUGCUCCGUGUGCUAAUGUGGCUAAAGUCAGCUGGUUGAGCUACGUUAACUGCACGCUGCUUUUCUUUAAGUCACCGGCUGAACAUGUUUGGUUCUUCGAGAUCUGGAGGGGUCCGAGGGGGCCAGGACCAGUUCAACUGGGAUGACGUGAAAGCCGAUAAGCACAGAGAAAAUUAUCUCGGGAACUCUUUGAUGGCCCCAGUAGGGCGAUGGCAAAAAGGCAAAGAUCUGACAUGGUACGCCAAAGAUAAAAAAGGCAGCAGGCCUUUGACCAAAGAAGAAGAAAUUGCUGCCGUCAAGGCCGCAGAGCACGAGGCACUGAUGGCUGCCCUGGGGCACAAGAAUAUGAAGAGGCAACCAACUGGCCUGACCAAAGAGGACCUUGCAGAUGUUUGCAGAAGGGAAGAGGUUGAUGGUGAAGAGAGAGAUGUGGACCGUGUCUCUGGCUUGGGAAGCUCCAGUGCAGGGUCAAGGAAAAUGGUGCUCUCCCAAAAGGAAAAGGAGGCAGCUAAAAUAGGACUGCCGGUUUUUACACACCACAAAACCACUUGUCCAGAAACAUCAACAACAAAGACACCUCAGAGUAUAGAAAAAGCGGACGUGGAACCAGAGCACGAGAGCAAAAAGAAAAAGAAAGAAAAAAAGAGCAAAAAGGAGAAAAAGAAGAAGGAAAAAAAGAAGAAAAGAAGAAGAGACUCGUCCUCCUCAGAUUCAGAUGACAGAAAGAGGCAGAGAAAGGACCACCAUCAUCAUAAUCCAUCAUACCACAGUCAGAGUGGAGCCAGACCCCAUGACAGCCAUUCAAGGGGGGGGGCAAAGGGCGAGCGACAGCCCCCCUACCCCCAUCACCGACGGCAGCGACAUGACACAGACUCCUCUGAUGGGGGGUCUCCUGUCCCCCGUAACCCUGUCAGCCACAAGACGGCCCCUGCUGGUGCCACACAAAGCCACAGGCGGCGCCACGACACAGACUCGGACUAAUGCCCCCCCACCCAAUUCAAAGAUGCAUAACAUGGACAGAACGCUCUACAGCAGCCUGACUGCCCGUGAAGACCUCAUUUACCCCAAACAGCCAACGGACUGUAGAUGGAGAAGGGUCGAUGUGUCUGACUAACAGGCUUUGGCCUCGUGUCUUAAUAUCUUUAGCCAAGAAGUUGGGAUACGGGUGUCUUUUGGUGUUUUUUGCGUUGUGUUUUUAUCAUACUAUGUGAUUAAACCACCAAGUAUCACAUUUUCUGUAUUGUCUGUACUGCAUUAGUUAAAAUACUAUGCAUUUUGCAAAGUAAACACAAUGAACUGGCCCCGGUGGCUAGUACUGUUCAAGAAAUCUCAGAAAAUUAAUCCAGAAUAAAAAAACAUUUAUCCCAUCAUUUCUUCUGUGCUAUUUUCCUGGAAAGUUUACGGAAGCUGAAUUAAAAGAUCUCCAAAACUGA